AUGGGGAGUGAUACAGUCUAAUGUACAUAUUUAUGGCUGCAUGUUUGCUUGCCAGCACAAUCAAAUGUAUUUCAAAUAUUUUAUUUUAAAUCGGAUAUUUGUCGAGUUUUUAUUAGGGACCCACGUGUGUCGUAUUGUAGUUCGAAUACUUUACAUUUACAGUUACAUGCAUGCUUAUGUAUGUCUGAAUCUGCGAUGACACGAUUUUCUUUCACCAAAUAAAUUGUAGUAGAUGUGAAUUUUAAAAUUAUAUGCAUUGGAAAGGUUUACACAUAUGCAUGUACGUAAAUGCCGCAGUGCCCUUAAUUAAUCAGCAAAAAAUUAGCUCACUUUCAACAACGCAAACAACAACAACGAACGCAAGCGUUGCAAAUCUAGAGCUAAAACCAAAAUAAAAAUACUCUUCAAUAAGUGCUACAUACGACAAGUAGAUUCGUACACACACAUACAAAGAUAAGGGUCUUUCGUUUUUGGUGGCAAAAAAUAUUCGUUGGCUCAAAUGUUCGCCACCAUACGGCAUCUAGUUGGCGGUGGCGCUGCUCAAGCGGCAGAGCCACUAACACAUGCGCAGGGGCAAUCGCCGUCAACGAAAAAGCAAACAAAACUGUCGAAAAGAUUGCGCCAACAACAACAGCUCGAGCAAAUGCAACAAAUGUUGUUGCUCGACAGUGAAACCUAUUCCAAUUUGCGUUAUGAGCGCACCAACCUAAGUCACAGCAGCCUGCUGCUGCAUCAGAUCUCGCAAGACAGUGCAGCGGUCGAGUGCAACGAAACGCUCGACGCCAUCGUGCCAUUAACAUUUGCAUCGGCCGCAACACCCAUAAUCGUGCCCAGUGGCUUUAGAGCCGCCACGCCUUCGGAGAAGCAAUCGUUUACGCCUGGAACACGACUCUACACCACAUCGACGCCUUCGCCGCCUCCGCCGUCAGUGCCACUAGUGCUAGCGCAUUCAUCGCCGCCACCACCCUCCACAGCGGGCAGCGUGCCACCCGCCCUAAGCGGAGGUGGUUAUUCGUCGUAUUUGCCGCACGACUACAGCCUUUGCGAUUCGUGUCGUCCGCUACGUUUUCAAAAUUCCCUCGUGAAAUCCGGUAGUCCCGGUGCAGUAUCGCAAAAAAGUUUCGGUGCCGUCUCUGCGCGUUAUCUCAAUUUAAAUUCGAGUUCAAGUAAUCGUUUCAGUUCGCUGCCGCCAUCUUCGAUUUUGACACCAACACCGCCGCCACCACCACAGACGCAACAAGCGCCUCAAUCGCAUCCUCCGCCGUUACGCUCCUUUCAUCAUUUCUCUCGUUUACAGCCACGACGUACAACUAGCGCCAGCAUGUCGCAGUCUGGAGACGAUCUACAUUCACCCAGCUAUUUGUCAUGGCGGAAGCUGCAGCUGAGCCGAGCCAAACUAAAGGCGUCCAGCAAGACGUCGGCGUUACUCUCAGGAUUUGCAAUGGUCGCCAUGGUUGAGGUUCAAUUGGAUAGUAGCACCAAAGUGCCUGCCGGCAUGCUUGUCGCAUUCGCCAUCUGCACCACGUUGCUCGUUGCUGUUCACAUGUUGGCGCUUAUGAUCAGCACCUGUAUUUUGCCAAACAUUGAAACUGUUUGCAACUUGCAUAGUAUCUCCCUGGUGCACGAGUCUCCCCAUGAACGUCUACAUUGGUACAUUGAAACCGCCUGGGCAUUUUCUACUCUUCUCGGCCUCAUACUCUUCCUCCUAGAGAUAGCCAUUCUCUGUUGGGUGAAAUUUUAUGAUUUAAGUCAACCAGCCGCUUGGUCGGCAUGCAUCGUACUUAUUCCGGUAAUGAUAGUCUUCCUAGCGUUUGCGAUACACUUCUAUCGUUCGCUCGUUACUCACAAAUACGAAGUUACCGUUUCGGGCAUACGAGAAUUGGAGAUUUUGAAGGAACAAAUGGAGCAAGACCACAUCGAUACACAUCAUCAUCAUCACCAUCGUAAUAAUGGCUUAAAUUAUGGUGCCAGUGGUGAAAUCGUUUAAGUAAUGUGGAACAAACGAGAGCGUGGGAUUCUGUGGUGAACUUGUUGCCGCCGAAACGCACUUUUUAUAAACAUGCACUGGAAAAUAGACACCUGUAUGUAAGCGACUACUUACUUUUAGCCGAUAAAGUUUUUAUACGCUACUUUUACACGAAUAUAUAGACAUUGGUAACAAACAAUAACUAAAUACAAUAUGUGUAAAUAAAUACUUGUAUGUAGGUUAACUUUGUUAUUAUACAUAAUAUGUACACGCAAAACUUAAUUGAAUUGAAUUCUCAAAGAAUUCAAAUACAAUUGUGAUAUUGGUAAAUGUUUUUGAUUUGAAUUAUGAAAUGCAUUUUGGCAUAUUUUAAUUUAGCAACUAAUUUUAAAAACUUAAUCGACAUUAUACUAUUAACUAUUUGUUUAUAAGCUGAAAGCAUGCGUAGUUAAUCCUACAAUUAUAUCCAUAUGUGUGGCAUAGUUGUGCAAAAUUUGUUUGCGAUUACAUUUCACUUACCACCAAACGCUACAAAGGAAUCAUGAUGUGUUGCUAAUAGUAAGAUUCGGUACUUAGUUUUCAACUGUAAUUGAGGAACAUUGUUUUAGGUAUCAAAAACGAAUGAAACACCUAUGCAAAGCAAAAAUAAAAUCUCUAUGUGCAAGUCACCUCAAAAAAUUAUUCCUUAUCGUUUCAAAUCAACUAUGUAUUUUAAAAACGUAUUUGUAUCUAUUCUACAUACUUUUAGUUUAAAUAUAAGAAAAAAUAAUAAAAAGUAAUAAUAACAAGAUAAA